CUCAGGUGAGCGACUUAGGGCCAUCUUGGCCCUCUUGUCUUUAUUUCAGUAAAUGGAUGGGUUAAUUCUUUCUGGACCAAAGAUUCUAUGGCAACAUACAGGGAUAAACUGAAAUCUCCAACAAAAUGUUCAUGUUGUACCUCACAAUGUAUGUGCAAUACAAUGUUAUCAUUCCUGGUGUUUGGUAUCGUGUUCUUUAUUGCAAUGAUGGAUCCACAGGGCUUCCUAGAUAUGCUAGAAAAAUUUGCCUCUUUGACAAUUAACCUUGAGGUUGCACUCUUCAUCUUCUUGGUGUUUAUGAAGUCAAGGAAUAAGGAAAAUAGAAAUUUAAAGAUUCCACUUCCAAUGCCACCAUUUGUGUACUACUUGGUGUAUAUCAUACCUGUAUAUUUUGGUUUUGCUGUGGGGUAUGAUAUUUACAACACUAUACGAGACAUUGUUAUAGAACAGACUGGAUCCUCACAGGGCAAGGUCAUCACCCAGGGAAUUACUGGCAUAGCCAAAAAUAUCACUGGAGUCGUGAAAACUCAACAGAACAUACGCUGAUUAACUCAACAAUGACUUCUUUAAUUAGUACAGAAUUAACAACAUUGUCUACUACUUCUCUAUUGCUAAGGUGAUAUUUGCUCAAAAUAUUUCAAGUACAGUGCCUUUAUUAUAGUAUUUGAUAUGGAAAAUUAUUAUAGUAUUUAUUAUAGAAAUUGCUAUGGUGUAAGUUGACUGUUUGAUUUACUUUUUCCGUACUUUGUUUCUAUUUAAAGAAAGGACAAUUAUAUUUCUAUUAUACAUCCUUUGAAAGAUUUCAUAUCUAAAUAUGUAUUAGAACUUCUUAAAACUUCCAAAAUAUCUUGAAUAGAUUUGAUUACUUUUACAAAUACGAAUUUGAUAAGCACUUUCUAAUAUAUACUUUAGUAAUAUAUCUAUAGAAAAUAACUUUUAUGUAUACCACAGUUUAUAGCAUUAUAGCAACAUUUCCAUUAAAAAUGGAAACAAUGGUACUUGAUGUACGUGUACUUAUUUUGUACAAUAAAAUGAAUACUCUCUUAAGAAAAAAACACUGUUAGAGAUUAAGUGGAUCAAACUGUAAGUUUGAGCUAUGUUAUGUUUGUGACAGUUUAUGUUAUGUGUUAUAUAGAUCUAUAUUUAACAGAGAACCUCGUUUUGACUUUUUUUAUGCCUAUCCUAUGAAUAGGUAGACAUAUUGUAUUAAUAAGAAUAGGCAGACAUAUUGUAUUAAUAGUUUCUUUUCUUUUCUUUUUUGUUAAAUGGUAUAUCCUUUAACACUCGGUUUGAAUGAAUUGAAAUUUUACACAAUUAUUGACUUUUGGUGAUCUGACAUUUAGUGCACAUGUUCCAUAAUUCUACUUUACUGUUUUAAUAGUCCUUUUCAUCGUCAUUUUUGAUUAUUUUUUCUAUGUAAACUAUUGUUUGUGACUCCUAUUUAAGCUAAAACUUUGUCUCUUUAGCUUUCGUUUGUUCAUGUCAUUUUGUUCAUUCAUUUUGAUAGUAGCUGUCAUCUGACAGCUAAUGUUUAAAUAAACAUUGAUUUGGUAAAUGGGGAAAAUAGGUUUUAGCCAAGAAAGCUACAUAGUCACAAAGGAAAGAAAUGCUCAAGAAAAUAACCAUGUUUACAUUGUUCAUUAUAGUAUAGACAUUAAAUUAAUCAUGAC